AUGCAGCCCAGAGAGAUUAACAUGGAGAGGAUUGUUGCUAGAGAUGGAGACAUAGGUAUAAAUGAAAAAGUAUCGUACAGCAUCCAACAUGUGGACCCUCCAGUUUAUCACAGCGCUUUCUCAAUUGAGGCUGACAGUGGAGUGCUGGAAUUAAAGACCCCAAUUGACAGAGAGAAUUGCUCCUUCCUUACCAUUGGGAUUAAGGCUACUCAGCAGGACAAUGAUCUUAAAACAGCUAACACGAUAGUGUUGGUUACUAUCCAAGAUGUGAAUGACAAUCCUCCAGAAUUUACACAAUCAAAUUAUGUGGUCUCAGUUCCAGAAAACUCCCCAGACGGAACGAUGGUGCUUCAAGUAACCGCCACUGACAAAGAUGAGGCUUAG